AGUCCACGCACAGUGAACAAGAAUGUUACGUUUUUUCAACGUUCAUCGUCUCGAUUCUCGGACAGAAUCCGGAUUGAUUCAUAGAAUUGAAUAAAAAUUAAAAAAAUUCUUUAUUUACUCCCUUCUAAAGAAACUUCUAAAUGGUGUGGAGCGUGUCUUAGUUUUGACUUUCAUUUUGGUGGCUUGUAGCACCUCCACCUCCUCCUCACUUCAUCUCUUGCUUCCUCCUCUGUUUGCUUCGCCUCGUCACAUCCAAUUCCUUCCUCGCAAGUCUCCUCCUCUUCAAGUCGACACUUUUCCAUUGCGUCGUUCUUCUUGGUGCUCUGUUUCCGUCGGGUCUAUGCGCUUACCUUCUUGCUCACGUCCGUUUGAUCAUUGAUAUUUCCUCGUUGCCAGCGUUGUUCAAAGCCAUUUGUGCUUAUUUCCCUCCCUUUUUUUAAUCUCCUUUUCAUGUCUAUUGUUCCUCGCUACGUUUUCGCAUUCCAUUUUCAGUGAUGCUUUUCUCGAUGCCUCGGCUGAUGAUCAUGAAUAUCUCGGUUUUCUCGCAAUCUUUUCCCGCAAUUUCUUUCUGAGAUUGUUGUCGAUGACGGGGUGAUGCUGUCUUCGGAGUUGAAGAGAACUGCUUCAUUCAAAGAUUGCAGAAAAAAUGGGCGACCAUUUCGCGCUGUUGGCGGGCCGGCUCCUCACGGAGUCGACGCUCGAAGCAACCGUCGGGAGCAAGGAGGAAGACCAAGGCAGAGAAAUCACCCGGAACAGGAUCGCCGGAGGGGAAUCACUCGAGUGCCGAAUCUGUCAAGAAGAAGACGAAGAUUUCAAUAUGGAGACUCCUUGCUCUUGCCGUGGUAGCUUGAAGUUUGCUCACAGAAAAUGUGUCCAGAGAUGGUGCAACGAAAAGGGCGACACUGUGUGCGAGAUUUGCCUGCAGCAAUUCGAGCCAGGAUAUACGGCUCCGCCGAGGUUACUUCAGUAUGGGACUGCUCCGAUGAACUUCAGAGGAAACUGGGAGAUCACAAGACAGGAGGAUCUUCAUGAUUCUCAAAUCCUGACACUUGCUCCUUCUGAGCCUGAUGAUACUUUGCACCACUAUGACGACGACCAUUCGAGGAGCAAAAUCUGCUGUCGAGCCAUAGCCAUAACAUUCGUGGUUCUUUUGUUUCUUCGUCAUUGCCUUCCUCCCCUGAUCGGCGGACCUGAGCAGUACUCAUUCACCUUAUUCUCAUUGCUGGUGUUGAGGACUGCUGGAAUACUUUUGCCUGUCGUCGUGAUGGUCCGGACAGUAAGAACACUCCGUCAGUGCCGUCGUCAUCAGGCAGCUGGAGAAAUUGCUUACUCACAUCGCAUCCAAAUGCACUGACAUUAAAGAGAAGCAAUUCAAAUGAUGCUUGAAUUGAUCUGUAAAU